UUGCCUUGCAAAACAUUAGGGCAAACCUCAACCCAAAAAGAAACCCUAACAAAACAAACGCGGUCGUACUUGGAAGACUUGAGCAAUGGCAGAGAUGAGUUGGGAGGACGAAAGGGAAGAGAGGAGAAGGAAAGGAGUAAUGGGGAGGACAAAAGGGUACAUGAGGCUAAAGGGAAGCCAGAACCUGAGGCAGCGUCUCCUUCUGUCAACACUAUCCUCCACUCCCAUUCUCAUCGAGGACAUUCGCGACGACGACACGUGGCCCGGCCUCCGCGCCCACGAGGUCUCCUUCCUUCGCCUUCUCGAGAAGAUCUGUGACGACUGUGUUGUUGAAAUAAACGAAACAGGUACGAAAUUGAAGUACAAGCCAGGGAUUGUUAUGGGUGGCAAACAUAUUGUGCAUGACUGUGGUGUUGGCCGGUCCAUCGGAUACUUUUUGGAGUCACUAGUCGUGCUUGGUUUGUUUGGGAAGAAACCUCUUUCGAUAAGGCUCAAAGGUAUUACAAACGACGUCAAGGAUCCAUCUGUUGAUACUUUCCGUUCAACCACCGUACAUAUAUUGAAGCGUUUUGGAGUUCCUUCAGAAGGACUGGAGCUAAAAAUUGAGAGCCGUGGAGCUCCUCCCAGUGGUGGUGGAGAAAUUAUUCUGUCGGUUCCUGUUGUACCAAAUAGUUUAACAGCAGUCACCUGGAUUGAUGAGGGGAUGGUGAAGAGGAUUAGGGGAGUUACCUUCUCAACUAGGGUGUCUGUUCAGUUUGAAAAUACCAUGAUACAUGCAGCUCGUGGAAUUUUCAAUCGCUUACUUCCAGAUGUUCACAUAUUUACCGAUCAUAAAGCUGGACCACAAUCGGGAAAGUCACCUGGUUAUGGAUUUUCGGUAGUUGCUGAAACUACCUCUGGUUGCUUCAUCUCUGCUGAUACUGCGGUUUCUUAUGCACGUGGAGUUGAAGAGGAUGAAUUUGAAGAUGAAGAAAAGAAAGAACUAACACCUCCAGAAGAUAUAGGUGAACAAAUUGCUUCUGUACUACUUGGAGAGAUUGAGCAAGGGGGAGUGGUAGAUUCGACACACCAGGGUUUGUUGUUUCUUCUUUGUGCAUUAUGUCCGCAAGAUGUUUCUAAGGUUCGUGUAGGAAAGCUCACGCCAUAUAGCAUAGAAACACUUAGGAACAUCAGAGACUUUCUGGGCGUUAAAUUUGUCAUUAAGCCAGAUCCAUCAACAGGAACGGUCAUACUUAAAUGCGUUGGAUGUGGAUUGAAGAAUUUAUCCAGAAAGGUCUCAUGACAAGUAACCAUUAUAAUUGAUAUAGAGUGUACUUUAUAUUUAAUUAUAAUGUUGAGAACAAAUUAAUUUAUGUCCUGUCAAGCUUAUAAACGGAGCUAAUAUUCUUGCAGCACUGCUAAGUCAAACCUCUCUUGAAAGUUUUUUAGUAGCACCUGAAUGCCAACUUCGCACACUUUCCGUGUGACUUCUUUAAUUGUAAUUAUCAAAAAUUAAUGUAAUAGUUUGAUAUCUUGGAGUGGA